AUACUCAGCAAGUAUACUUUUGUUUGCCGAUCUAUAGAUUUACUAUACAUUCUUUCCACAUAUUCCAGCUCAUCGGGCACGUCGAUACACCAUGUUCCACAUUCACAUCCACUCCAAUUGACAAUCUCCGUACGGUAUCUUUUGUCCGCCAAAAUAUCUUCAAUCUCCACAUCGUUUGUGCAAUUCUCUCCGGCCAUUGACCCUCCACCCCGAGACCGCAAAAUGACAGAGUCUUCCUCAUCCUCCUUGCAGCAGCCUGCAUCCAACACCACGGUCUUCCUGGAUCAACCCCCCAGCUGCCUGCAAUUCUGCCCCGCAGUCCCCGACUGCUGCGUCAUCGGCACAUACUUGCUGGCCGAACAGAAAGAUGAAUCGAAUGACACCAACAUCAAGCAGACCAAGACCGGCUCCCUACAGCUCUGGCGGAUCAAUCCUGCUACAAACGAACUCACCCUCCUCUACAAACAUUCUCUCCCCUACGCGGUCUUCGACCUCCACUUCCACCCUCGCGAUCCGUCCCUCCUCUCCAUCGCAACCAGCGCAGGCUCCGUCGCCUUCUUCCGUCUCACAUCAGGUGUAAAGGAUGACCCACCCACCCUCACCCCGCUCCUCACACAACCCGUCCAUGAGGACCCCUCCAUCCCCGCCCUCUUCCUCGCCUGGACGCCCUCUACCUGGCCAUCCAUAACUCCCGAUUCUUCUCUCGACGCAUUCGCCGUCACCUUCUCCGACAGCCGCACAACAAUCUUCCAGUACACCCCCGGCGCCUCUCCCGACUCACCACCGCAAAUCACCGAGCUCGACACCUUCCCCGCUUCCCAAGCCAUCGAAGUCUGGUUCGCCGCGCUCGCGACCUUCCACGACCCCACCACCACCACCACCUCCUCCUCCUCCCAGCAGCAAGUCCCGUACAUAUUCACCGGGAAUGAUUUUGGCGCCCUCCAUACCCGCCGCUACACAUCCGACCACAGCCAGGCGGACCGGCAACUAAGCGUUGUUCUGGACCACCACGACCGCGCCCGCCACCACACCGCCGGCGUCACCUCCAUCCUCCCCUUACCGCUACCGCUCAAGGAUGAUAGUCCGGUCAUUCUCACAGGAAGCUACGACGAGUCCCUCCGGGUGUACCACGCUACUCGGCGAGGUGAAGUCCUUGCGGAGAUCGGGCUGGGUGGGGGCGUGUGGCGGCUGCAGCUUCUCUCGUCCUCGUCCUCGGAGAAUGCGGAGGAGGGAUGGACGGGGCUGGUGUUGGCGAGCUGUAUGCACGGUGGCACGCGGGUGGUGCGGGUGCGGUACUCCGCGGAGUCGGCGGAGUGGGAGUUGGAGGUGCUGGCAGAAUUUACGGAGCAUGAAAGUAUGAACUAUGCGUCGGACGUGUGGAGGCCGGCUGGUGGAUAUGACUUGCCUGUGCGCAGCGAAGGAGGCAAGCAAGAGGUUGUCUGCUUGUCGAGUAGUUUCUAUGAUCGGCGGGUUUGUUUGUGGCGGGUCCGGUUAUAG